UCAUCCACCAGCUCCAAAGUCUCUCUCCCCGGCCUCCUGCGCGCAGUGUUCACGCCACAGCAACACCAUGGAUAGAGGCUACCCAUGGUCUCAUGCUCUUCUGCUUCUCGCGCUUCUCCCGCUCGCCGCAGCACAGCCGUGGUCGGUUUGCAACAGCAGCAGCGGCAGCUACUCUUCAGGCAGCACUUACGGAGCCAACCUGGUAAGCCUCGUCGGCACCCUCCGCCAGAAGUCCGCCUCCUCCAUGUCCCUCUUCGCCUCCGGCGUCCUCGGCGCCGCCCCGGACACCGUGUACGGGCUGAUUCUCUGCCGCGGCGACGUCAGCUUCUCCGACUGCUUUGACUGCGGCAGCCGUGCCCGCGACGACGCGGCCACGGCCUGCACAGGCCGCAGCAGGGACGUGGCGCUCUGCUACAACCAGUGCUACGUCCGCCUGGCGGACACCGACUUCCUCGCCUCCACCGACAACUCCGGCGAGGUACCCCUCAUCAGCGGCACCAACAUCUCCAGCAGCGACGUGGCCGGCUACAACCAGGCCCUCACGGGCCUCCUCGACGCCACGGCGCAGUACGCCGUCGACAACACCACGACGCUCUUCGCCACGGGGCAAUGGGAAGGGCCCGACCCGGGGUUCAGUCGUAUCUAUUCGGUGGCGCAGUGCGCGGCGGACAUUUCGCCGGCACUGUGCCGGAGUUGCCUACAGGACCUCUGGGCCAGGUGGUUUACCUGGUUCCACAUGCCACCCAAAGGGGAUGGCGCCAGGGUUGCUGGCUCCCGAUGCUCCUUGAGGUACCAGAUCGGGCAGGACCCGUUCUACACCGGCGCCGCGAUGCUCCAGCUCCCGGCCAAGACUCCCGCACCGGGACCGGGACCGGCGGCGACAGCAGCUACGCCAGAUAAUAAGAAGAGCAACUCCAAACGUGUCGUGCUCAUCGCAGUGAUAGUUUCUGUGGUGCUGAUAUUCCUCCUAGUAGGGAUGUGCAUGCUCUGGAAAAUAUAUUGGAAAGAGAACUCAGGAGGCAAUCUGGACUAUGCUAUGUUUGAAGAGGAAACUCCCCUACAUAUUGACAUCAGACGGUUCACGUAUGCAGAGCUGAAGCUCAUUACAAAAAACUUCGAGUCAACCAUAGGAAAAGGAGGUUUUGGUAUUGUUUAUCAUGGCAUACUAGAGAAUGGUGAUGAAGUAGCUGUUAAAGUAUUGAUGGAGACAUCAAUAGCUGAGUCAACGGACUUCCUCCCUGAGGUGCAAACCUUGUCCAAAGUUCAUCACAAAAAUCUUGUGACUUUACAAGGGUAUUGCCAAAACAAGAAGUGCCUAGCACUUGUUUAUGACUUCAUGCCUAGAGGAAAUCUUCAACAACUUUUGCGAGGAGCGGAGGACUAUACUCUGAAUUGGGAACAACGACUUCAUAUUGCAUUUGAUUCUGCACAAGGACUGGAGUAUCUACAUGAGUUAUGCACCCCAUCAAUUGUGCAUAGAGAUGUGAAGACUGCCAACAUCCUACUUGAUAAGAAUCUAGUGGGGAUAAUAUCUGAUUUUGGGCUUUCACGAGCUUUUAAUGAUGCACAUACACACAUAUCUACCGUUGCUGCUGGCACUCUCGGUUACCUUGACCCUGAGUAUCAUGCUACUUUCCAACUCACUGUCAAGACCGACGUUUACAGCUUCGGUAUUGUGUUGCUCGAGAUCAUCACUGGCCAACCCCCGGUAAUCAUGGACCCUCAACCCGUCCACCUACCAAAUUGGGUCCGCAAAAAGAUAACCAAAGGCAGUAUUAAUGAUGUCGUGGACAAGCGGUUGUUGGAUGUGUACAAUGCUAGUUCCCUGCAGAGUGUGAUAGACCUUGCCAUGGAUUGCGUUGAAAACGCAGCCAUUGAUAGGCCAGCAAUGACCGAGGUUGUUGCAAGGCUCAAAGUGUGGUUGCCAGUUGUUUCAAGUGAAAAGCGCUCUGUUAAUGGACCAACUCAAUAUAAAUACUCCAUGGAUAGUGAAAUUCGGAAGCAGUACCAGUUAUCAAUUUCUGGAGCAAGCACCGAGGGGAGCUCCUUCCAGUCUGGUUCGACCGGUCGAAUGUCUGAAAUAAGCAUGUCUUCCGGAAGGUGAAAGGAAAAUUACUAGUGAGUUAUUGUUGCAUAUGCUUUGACAAUUCGGUAGUUGUCUCAAACGAUGUUGUCAUCAGUUGUUUAUAAAUUGCAAACUAUAGUUAUUUUAUCUUGUGCAAUCCUUUUGAAUUUGAGGGUGUUAUAAU